CCAUUCCCUCUCACUCUCUCUUUACUAGUCCUCACAUCACACUGACCAAAAUGGGUAGAGCAACCAAGUGGCUAAAGACCCUGUUUGGGAUAAAGAAAGACAGAGAACAAAAAGAGAACUCAAAUUUCGGUGACCGGAAUGACAAGAACCGCUGGAGUGUUGGCCACUCUGGGAAAGACUCCAGUGGUUCGGGUCAGAAUUCGGAAACCAUACCACCAAACAUCAUGGCAGCCGAAAAACUGCAGAGAAAGCAUGCAAUGGAGGUUGCUGCCGCCACCUCCGCCGCAGCAGAUGCAGCCGUCGCUGCCGCCAAGGCGGUGGCAGAUGCUGUUAGGCUCACUAGUAGCCACGGCAGAGCAACCAUGUUUGGAGGUGGUGACCGUGAAAGAUGGGCUGCCGUCAAGAUUCAGUCUGUUUUUCGUGGAUAUUUGGCGAGAAGAGCACUAAAGGCAGUAAAAGGGUUAGUGAAGAUACAAGCACAUGUUAGAGGCUAUUUGGUGCGUAAACAAGCCACUGCAAUGUUUCGUAGUAUGCAAGCUCUAAUAAGAGCACAGGCCACAGUUCGUGCCCAAAAAUCUCUUGGCUUCAUCAACACUGGCGACAAUUUUCAUCCUCAAUGUCGAACCCCUAAAUCUGUUCAAAGGUUUGAUGAUACGAGAAGUGAGUACAAUAUUGCAUCAAUUCAAAGUAGAAGGCAUCCAGCUUUUUUUGAGACUCGAACUAAUGCAAUUCAUAAAACUCCAAAGAUUGUGGAAGUUGACAAAGGUAGGUCCAAAUCAAGAUCCCAGAGAUUCACCACCUCAGUGUCCGAUUUCGGCAACGACCCACGUCGAGUUCUGACCCAUUUAUCAAUACCCGAAUGCCGGAGUUUUCAUUGUGCUGCCGAUUGGGGGUUUGCCACUACCCAAAAUACCCCUAGGGUUGUCAAUUGGAGUGGACCGCCCACACCGGCCAAUGACAUUUUCAGGUCUACAAGUGCCCCAAAGCAAAGGCCUGAGCUAUGUCCAAAGAAGAAGCUCUCACUGAAUCAAAUGAUGGAGGCAAGGAAGAAUAGGCUAAGUGAGGCUAGAAUUCAAAGGUCAAGUUCAGAAAUUCAAGAAAUGAUUAAUUUCAAGAAAGCUGUGAUUGGUAAGCUUGAUAGAUCUUCAGAGUUUACUAGGGAGAAAGAACAAGAUCAUUACAUGAAGAGGAGGUGGUGACUACUGACAGAAUGAAAAGGAAGGCAUUGAAGAAUAAGAAGAAGAUAGGUAUGGCUUUGAAUAAUUGUAUUCAAAUAUGUAUUGAUAUUAAUGAUACAGCAUAUAUUGACUGAUAUCAAUAUAAAAAUACAUAGGUGAAUAUUGAUUUCAAAAAACUCGAUAAUCUUAACACAUAUCAAUCAAUAUUUAAAAUUCUAGUUAUAUAUAUGAUGCAACAAUACCACUAAUAUAUAAGCGUUAGCCUGAUGGUUAGGCUUGGGAUUUGGAGGUGUGUUUCCUCUCAGAUAUCAAGUUUAAAAUUUCUCAAAUGUAAUAAAUAAAAUAAAAAAAACACUCGAACAUAUAUUGAAUUUUAUCCGAGUGUAGUGUUCUUCUUCACGUCAUGUGGUAUGGAAAAUGUUAUGUAGCAUGAAAUUGU